CCUGCCUGCCUGGGUUGCGGAAGUGAUAGCCGCCGACCGAGCCUGCUGCUUUCUUGCUACUGCUCCGGCUUCCCGGCUACCCCGCGGACGCUGAGGGCGGCCCGGCUGUGGAUGGUCAGAUAGCCCCUGUCUCCCGUCGCCCAUCUCUGGCCCCUAGCAGCACGGAGCAGACGGCGGCAGCAGCAGCAGCAGCAGGCGAGGAGGAAGAUGGCGGGACGGCUGCCGGCCUGUGUAGUGGACUGUGGCACGGGGUAUACAAAACUAGGAUAUGCUGGAAAUACAGAACCACAGUUUAUCAUCCCUUCCUGUAUUGCUAUUAAGGAGUCGGCAAAAGUGGGUGAUCAAGCUCAAAGGAGGGUGAUGAAAGGUGUUGAUGACCUAGACUUCUUCACUGGUGAUGAAGGAAUGGAAAAACCUACAUAUGCAACAAAGUGGCCAAUCCGCCAUGGUAUAGUUGAAGAUUAGGACUUGAUGGAAAGGUUUAUGGAGCAAGUGAUCUUUAAAUAUUUAAGGUCAGAACCUGAAGACCAUUAUUUUCUUUUGACUGAACCUCCAUUGAAUACUCCAGAAAACAGGGAAUAUACUGCUGAAAUAACGUUUGAAUCUUUCAAUGUUCCAGGCUUGUACAUUGCUGUGCAGGCUGUUCUUGCCUUAGCUGCAUCUUGGACCUCAAGACAAGUAGGAGAACGGACAUUGACUGGUACGGUAAUAGACAGUGGAGAUGGUGUCACUCAUGUCAUUCCUGUGGCUGAAGGGUAUGUGAUUGGCAGCUGUAUUAAACACAUUCCAAUCGCAGGACGAGAUAGAACAUAUUUUAUUCAGCAACUGCUGAGAGACCGAGAAGUAGGAAUCCCUCUAGAACAAUCUUUGGAAACUGCUAAGGCAGUAAAGGAGCGCUAUAGUUAUGUCUGCCCAGAUUUAGUAAAAGAAUUUAACAAGUAUGAUACAGAUAGGUCAAAAUGGAUUAAACAGUAUACUGGAAUCAAUGCUAUCUCAAAGAAAGAAUUUUCCAUUGAUGUUGGUUAUGAGAGAUUUUUGGGACCAGAAAUCUUUUUUCAUCCAGAGUUUGCUAAUCCAGACUUUACACAACCUAUCUCAGAAGUUGUACAUGAAGUAAUUGAUGUCAGACGUCCUCUCUACAAGAAUAUUGUCCUCUCUGGAGGUUCAACCAUGUUCAGGGACUUUGGACGUCGCCUGCAAAGAGAUUUGAAAAGAACUGUAGAUGCCCGGCUGAAAUUAAGUGAGGAAUUGAGUGGCGGUAGAUUGAAGCCAAAACCUAUUGAUGUACAAGUCAUUACACACCACAUGCAGCAAUAUGCAGUUUGGUUUGGAGGAUCAAUGCGGGCUUCCAUGCCAGAGUUCUACCAAGUAUGCCACACCAAAAAGGAUUAUGAAGAAAUUGGACCUAGCAUUUGUCGUCACAAUCCAGUGUUUGGAGUCAUGUCGUAAAAUUGACUUCAUAGUUAUUGGGGUUAGGGAGGUGGGGAAGAGAUAAUCUUUCUGAUUACCUGUUUUGUCUGGAUGGUUGGUUUUGAGGUUUUAAACCUGACUUGAAAUAGUAAGACCAAACAUGAUUAUACAGGAAUAUUUUAAUAAGUGUAUCAACAUGCAGAUGUAGAAGAGAGCGAAAGUGAUUGUGUUUUUCUUUAGAUUGAAUAUUUGAAUCUUAUAUGUAACAAAAAGAAGUGGGUUUUAGUUCUUUCUGUGCCCUGAUAUUUUGUAUAUUAAUGAAUUAUCCAAGAUUUGAUGGGAUUUAUCUGUGUGUAGAUAGCUCUAUAAUGCUUGAAUUGUACACUUCUAAGUGUGCAAUGCAAGAGCUUGUUUAUAUUUCAUACUUUUUAUACUUUGAGGAAAAACCGUCAAAGAAAAAUUGUAUUUGAGGGAAAAAACCAUGACCAAGUAAAGGAUAAAUUUAAA